AUGGCAUCGGUGGGAGCCACACCUAUAUUCACAACAUUAAGGCCUGCCGAUGCUGCAAAGAAGCCGACAAAACCAACAUGCGCUUCCUUCAAAGAUGCUUACGAUGCUGCCACCCAACGACGUUGCAGGAAUGCCUUGAUCUUUUCAUACGCGUUUUCUCUCCUUGCCACCAUUGCAUUUCAACUUGAAUUUCUGUCACCUCUUGGUUUCCUGAAUUGGCGAACGAUCUUGUUCUCGAUUGGGUUGUUCAUACUCACACUACCACUCUUCCUGAUCCGGUAUUUGAUGAGCUCAUUAUGGCGACCUAUUGCACCCAGUGGAUUGGCUGAAUUGAUGGGCAAGAUAACAGCAAAGGACAAUUACAUUGUUUUGGCCGUGUAUGCGAUUUCCGGCAUGAUGAUCGUACGCUCCUACUUUUCUUACUUGAUGGAUGAGUCUUAUACAAGCAAUGUGUUCUUCCAUCCUCAUGGUGAACGAUUUGGAGUACGUCAACUGAACCAGGAUAAUCUCUUCAUUUCUUUCUAUGGUCUGGUUCUUGGUGCUUCGUUUGCAGCCAAGCGUAUCUUACUUGGUCAAUGGACAUACAAAAUCGCACCUGUGCAGCAACGACAAGACUUGGCCAUCAAACUUAGUCUUCCCACAGUAGCACAUGAUGGAACUCGUUGGGCUGCAUGCACUCUCGGCAUUACCUAUAUCAGCUUUUUCAUCUUCGGUAACUUCGUAUACAGAAUGGCUGCUCACAUGUACGGCUUAUAUACAACUAUGCUGGAAACGCCUGUGAUCGGAUUGAGCCGGUGGGAUUUGUAUCUCUUCUUCCGUGUCUUCCUUGGAGGUAGUUUGGCAGUGAUGACAUGGGAAAUCGUGGAUCGCAUCUAUGAUGUCGUUUUUGCUGUGUGUGAACCCAUUACUGCACCUUAUGAAAACGCACACCAAACGCUCUUGUCUGGUCUACGACUUGAUACUGAACCCUAUCUUCAGAGCAUCGCUUAUGCCGAGCUUGCAGAGUUGGCCGCUAAAAGCCCAGAACAACGUAAAGCGCUCUUCAAGGAUAUGGGCAAAGACAUGGAUAGCACUAUUUGGGUACAAGUUUCACGUGAAUGCAUGAACAUCCUUGCUGGAAUGCGUGCUGAUAUUGCAAAGGAAUACGACGCUGGCAAGAAACCUGCUCCUAUCCCUGUCAAAAAGGAAGACAAGCCUGCUCCUCCCAACCGUAUACAAUUAUUGGAUGUUGAUGUGCUCGCCAAACCAAAAGCCAGCACUACAAUCUUGGAUGAUCGUACCGGCAAAUUGUUUAUUCAAGCAUCGACUCUUGUCACCGCCCCUGACACUGCAACAGAUACCACAAAGGCUCCCAAACACAUGGUAUACGACUACUGUUAUUGGAUCCUACAAAAGGUCAACAAGUGGAAAUGGAUGCAGGAUUUAUCCGCUGUUACAGCCGAACGAAAGAUUCGCCAGGUCUUUAGCAACUAUCCUAUCAUCUUGUACGCCGUUCAAGCUCUUGGUAGUCUGACAGCAGCAUCGAUGAAGGAAGAUCCCUAUGGACUUGUGCAACGUGAUCUUGGGGCUGUCCUCGAUUCCCUUUUGAGUAGCGUAAUUGAUGUGGAGACUUUGGUACGAUCACCACCGCCAGAAUACAAGAAACUACCUCCAGGCUUCAAGGGUGAUGUAAUGCUUAUGGAACCUGAAUUUAUUCUCUUGGCUUUACGAGAAGCCAUCUAUCAAAUUGUGACAGAAUUCAGGGAUUAUCUUGACCACAUCCGGGUGAGCAACAAGUACCUAGAAAAGUGGCAACGUUUCGUAGAGUUUAAAGAGUGA